UGUCUGCUUCAGGUGUGCCAGGGAAACGACAUCAAAGGAAUGUUCCAGGCCAGUCUUAUUUAUCUGAAGGCUCCAUGUGGACGGGAUGGUGGACAUAUGAAGGCAUUUCAGGUCCAAGAUACUGGGGUCUACUGAAUCCUGAGUGGAAAAUGUGCAGUGAAGGGAAACAACAAUCUCCAAUUGACAUCCAGCCCAAAUAUAUGUUGUUUGAUCCGAAUUUGAAACAUAUUGUAAUAAACAAAAUUAAGUUAUCUGGCACGCUUCGGAACGUCGGACACGGGAUUGUAAUGGACAUCAAUACUACAAAUGCUGAUGUUGUGAACAUUAGUGAAGGUCCUCUUUCUUAUGUAUAUAGAGCCUAUGAAAUAAAGCUACGCUAUGCUAACAACGACAGUAAAGGCUCAGAACACACUAUAAAUGGGAAUCAUUUUGUUGGAGAGAUACAAAUAAUGGCAUAUAAUGUUGACCUCUAUCCAACGCCCAAAAAUGCAUCACAGCGAGUUAAAGGAAUGGCAAUAUUAACAGCAUUUCUUGAAUUGUCUGAUCAAAGAAAUAAAGCUCUGACACCGAUCAUAGAAAGUAUGAAAAAUGUACAUGAGCAUAGAGGUCACAAGGCUACAAUUCAUCAUUUAUCUUUAGAUGAAUUAAUUCCUAAAACAGAUUUGUUCAUCACAUAUGAAGGUUCUCUUACUGAACCUGGUUGUCAUGAGACGGUAACAUGGAUAAUUUUUAAUCGUCCUAUCUACGUAUCACGUGACCAACUUAUGACACUUCGAACGAUUUACACAAAAAACAAACAUCGGCCAUUACAUAGUAUUCAAACUAAUUCACGACCAAUAAUGGCUAUUAACCACCGUGUUAUUCGGACAAAUAUCAAUUUUCCUAAACCUACGAACCUAUGUACUAUGGAUAAGAAAACAAAAUUCAGAGUUAACCCUCUUUAUGAAGAUCGAGUAUAAGCCUUAUAUAAUAUGGCGACGGUUCCCUAUUAAGCUGUUUACAUCUCGCCUCUUUACUCUGCUGCUUCGGCGACCAUCCAUCUACGCAGUUUUCACUUGUGACCUACACACUCCAGCCAACUCGUCAGAGGAAGGUAGAAAGAAGAGACAUGGAAAAUAUACAGAGGGAAAGUAGUGUGGAAGAAUGGAAAACUAUAAAGGAGGGUUGCACCACAAAAUAACAUCUAUUCAAAUUAAGUAUAUCCUGCAACAGCUGUCCUUAUUUUCUUGAACGAUAAUCUAACCAAAAUGGAGAGUUCUGAUACAAACACAAACAUAGGGAUCUGAUAUGAGAUUUUUCAUCUCAAAUUUCCUGCCUUUAGAAAGAAAGAGAAUUUUAUAUGAAAAAUGAUGGGGAGUGAAUAAUAGCGUAAGAAAGUUCGGUGAUUGUGUGUGUCGUUUGGUUGCAAGGGAAUAACGAGGAAAACUAGUUUGUUCAAUGAACGUAGAAUUUAAAUUUUUUUUUUUACUUUUUCUUGGUUUCUUAAUAUUUUCUUUCUUUUUUUUUUUUCGUUUUCGCUCAUUCAUUUGAUUUUUCAUGUUGACAAUGGUGGGAGAAAAUAAGUUGCUGGUUUCGCUUAAUUUCUUUUUGUUAUCUG